AUGACAAUAUUUAUAACGGCAAAUGCAAAACCUCAAGUAACCACAGCUCCAUGCUGUAAUUACCAAUUUAUUGUUGGAUGUGUUUUUUGUUACGAUACAAGCGACGAAGACAGUUAUUUAAGCAGUCUCUUUGGAGACAUUCCUACAUACGCGCCGUCUGCUCCCACUCCCACAUAUAAGCCUGCUCCCGCAUAUGGGCCUGCGCCCGCAUAUAAGCCUACUGCUGUACCUACAAAAUCAACGGAUACUUCUACCACAUCUAAUGGCUUCUUUAAAGAACCGUAUUUGAACGAACGAAAAAUACAGCGCUAUGAGUCGAGCCAAUCAGAGAAUGCGCAAAUUGAGGACAAUUUCCGUGUUUUGUUCCGUGUUUUCGGGCUUCAUUCGACUGCAAUUGAUCAAGUUGCCUGA